CAAAUUAUAUCUAUAUCUAUAUCUAUAUCUAUAUAUAGUCGCUUAGUUUACACCUCACAUUUCCCUUUCUCUCUCUCUCUCCAGAUUGAUUCGUGUGGUUUCAUUGUCAUGGCUACCCAAGGUCAGGUUAUCACCUGCAAAGCUGCGGUUGCUUGGGAACCGAAUAAGCCUCUGGUGAUCGAAGACGUGCAAGUGGCUCCGCCGCAAGCCGGCGAAGUCCGAGUCCAGAUUAUGUUCACUGCACUCUGUCACACUGAUGCAUAUACUUGGAGUGGCAAGGAUCCCGAGGGUCUAUUUCCAUGUAUUCUUGGUCACGAGGCUGCGGGGAUCGUAGAGAGUGUUGGUGACGGUGUAACUGAAGUUAAGCCAGGAGACCAUGUCAUACCUUGUUACCAGGCAGAAUGCAGGGAAUGCAAGUUUUGCAAAUCCGGAAAGACAAACCUCUGUGGCAAAGUUAGGGCAGCAACUGGAGUUGGAGUCAUGAUGAAUGAUCGGAAGAGUCGUUUCUCAAUCAAUGGAACUCCUGUAUAUCAUUUCAUGGGAACUUCAACAUUUAGUCAGUAUACUGUUGUCCACGAUGUUAGUGUUGCAAAGAUUGAUCCAAAGGCUCCUCUGGAUAAAGUGUGCCUUCUCGGUUGUGGUGUUCCAACAGGGCUUGGAGCAGUUUGGAACACAGCGAAAGUAGAAUCAGGUUCCAUUGUUGCUAUUUUUGGCCUUGGGACUGUCGGCCUUGCAGUGGCAGAGGGUGCAAAAGCCGCUGGUGCUUCACGAAUAAUUGGCAUUGAUAUUGACAGCAAAAAGUUUGAUAGAGCAAAGAAUUUUGGAGUCACUGAAUUUGUGAAUCCAAAGGACCACGAGAAACCAAUACAGCAAGUUAUCGUUGAUCUUACGGAUGGUGGUGUUGACUACAGUUUUGAGUGCAUCGGGAAUGUCUCCAUAAUGAGAGCUGCCUUGGAGUGCUGUCACAAGGGCUGGGGAACAUCAGUUAUUGUGGGUGUAGCAGCAUCUGGUCAGGAGAUAUGUACUCGUCCAUUUCAGCUGGUGACCGGUCGUGUCUGGAAAGGAACCGCGUUUGGAGGUUUCAAGAGCCGUUCACAAGUACCUUGGCUAGUGGACAAGUACAUGAAGAAGGAAAUCAAGGUUGAUGAAUACGUCACUCACAAUUUGUCUCUCCCGGAGAUCAACAAAGCUUUCGAUCUGAUGCAUGAAGGGGGUUGUCUUCGCUGCGUUCUUAAGACUGAUGCAUGAGGUGAUGAAUGAAGUCCUAUGUUAAAUACUUCACCUUGUUAUUACCUUGUGUGCUGAACCUUCUUUCGUCUUUAUAAUGAAGUCCUAUGUUAAAUACUUCACCCUGUAACCUUGUGUGCUGAACCUUUCGUCUUUAUAAUAACUGUAAAAGAUCCAAAUGCCUGCUUUCUAUAACAAAGUUGGGAUGGUUUGGACGUGGAAA